GUCCCAGAAGACACACCGAGGAGUACAGCCACUGGGAUUAUGACAGCUCCACUCUCACACUGAAGGGAUUUAUGCUUAAUGCAGAUUCAGAUAAAGAUUGAGGAAAACCACAGAAGAAGAAUAAGCAGCAGACAACGAGCCAGGGCUGAGGAGGAGAGAGGAUAUUCGAGUUUCUCUGUUGUGGAUGUGCACGUGUCCUCACACAGUGUGACUGAGCAGAGAGGCGGGGCAUCGCUUUAUUUGGGGCAGACCUUCGCAUCACACACAGAUGAUGGAGAGGAGGAGGAUGGACGCAGCGCUGCUGAUGCUGUUCCUGGUGCACCUCACCACUGCGCUGGAGGUCCCACUAGACCUGCCACAGCCACCGACCAUAACUCACCAAUCCCCCAAGGAUUGCAUCAUUGACCCACGAGAAAACAUCAUAAUUCACUGCGAGGCCAAGGGGAAGCCUCACCCCAGUUUCUCCUGGACCAGAAAUGGGACCCACUUUGACAUUGACGAGGACCCCUACGUGACCAUGAAGCCCCACUCUGGGACGAUGGUGGUGGACAUCAGCAGAGCAAAGGCAGAACAUUACGAGUCUGUGUACCAGUGCACAGCGAGGAACAAACAUGGAACUGCUGUUUCCAACAACAUCGUCGUACAACAGUCCAUUGCACAUUCCUUCUUAAGAGAACUCCUGCCAGGGUCCCCCUUGUGGUCGAAGGAGAAGAACAAGGCAAUGGUCAUUCAGGAGGGCGUGUCCAUGGUGCUGCCGUGUCGACCCCCCGCUGGCCUCCCCCCUCCCAUCAUAUUCUGGAUGGACAAUAACUUCCAGAGGCUGCCUCAGAGCAGCAGGGUGUCCCAGUCCCUGAACGGAGACCUUUACUUCUCUAAUGUACUCCGAGAGGAUUCCCGGAACGACUACAUCUGCUAUGCCCGCUUCCCGUAUACACAAACCAUCCAGCAGAAACAACCCAUCACCGUCAAGGUCCUCAAACUGGAUGCAAUCAAUGACACAAUGGAAGCUUUUUACAAUGACACUGAUUUAUUUAGUGAAGAGCCAGCCGAUGAGAGGAAGCCAACGUUCCUCAUUCCAUCUGGCCCCUCCAGCUCCAAGAUGGUGUUGAGAGGACAGGUGUUGGAGAUGGAAUGCAUUGCCGAAGGACUGCCCACCCCUGAAGUCUCCUGGACCAAAGUGAGCGGCGAUCUCCCAUCAAAGCGCACGUCUUUCCUGCACUACCAGAAAACCCUUCGCAUUGUCAACGUGUCAGAAUCGGACGCCGGAGAUUACCGCUGCACCGCCAGGAAUCGACUGGGCUCGGCGCACCACACCAUCCAUGUCACGGUCAAAGCUGCUCCAUAUUGGAUCAGCGGCGCCCCGAGAAACCUCGUCCUCGCUCCGGGAGAGAACGGCGUGCUGACCUGCAGAGCCAGUGGCACGCCCAAGCCCUCCGUCAGCUGGGCCAUGAACGGCAUCCCCAUAGAGAAUGCCCCUAAGGAUCUCAGCAGAAAAGUGGAGGACGACACCAUCAUCUUCACCGAUGUGCAGACCGGAUCCAGCGCCGUCUACCAGUGCAAUGUCUCCAACGACUACGGCUACCUCCUGUCCAACGCCUUUGUCAAUGUGCUCUCGGAGCCGCCCAGAGUGCUGACACCAUCCAACAAAGUCUACCAGGUCAUCAAAAAUCACCCGGCACUGAUUGACUGCGUCUCCUUUGGGUCACCCAUCCCUAAAAUUACAUGGUUCAAAGACAGUAGCUUCAGCACCCUGGAUGGAGACCCCUACAUCGUGCAUGACAACGGGACUCUAGAGAUUCACGUAGCUCAGGCCCGGAACAGUGGCAAAUACACCUGCGUGGCCAGAAACACCCUCGGUAACUACGAGAAUCACGUCUACCUGGAGGUCAAAGAGCCCACCCGGAUCCUGAAGCAGCCGGAGUACAAAGUGGUCCAGAGGGGCAGGUCUGUGGUGUUUGAGUGUAAGGUGAAACACGACCCCUCGCUCAUCCCCACCAUGACCUGGCUCAAAGACGACGGAGAGCUGCCCGACGACGAAAGAUUAAUCGUGGACUCUGACAGCCUCGCCAUCACUGAUGUGACAGAGAGCGAUGCGGGGGUGUACACCUGCGUCAUGAACACCACUCUGGAUCAUGAUUCAGCCAGCGCUGAGCUCACUGUUGUCGAGGCCACGCCAACACCAGCUGUUGUCUACGAGCGACCCGACCCCCCGACUGACCUGGAGCUGACGGACCAGAAAAAGAGGAGUGUGCAGCUCACAUGGACCCCUGGGGAUGAACACAACAGUCCUAUUCACAAAUUUCUGAUCCAGUAUGAAGACGUGCUCCACCACCGAGGUCUCUGGCACAAUCUCACCGAGGUCCUUGGGAGCAAGACGACGGCUCACCUCAAACUGUCUCCCUACAUGCACUACACUUUCAGAGUUCUGGCCAUAAACGCUGUGGAUCUCAGCCGCCCCAGUUUUCCCUCCAGGAUGUUUAAGACCGAGCCCGCAGCUCCAGACGAGAACCCGACAGGUGUGCAGGGAUUUGGGACGGAACAUGAUAAUCUUGUAAUCUCAUGGACGCCACUGACAGGUCUGCAGUCUAACGGUCCGGGGCUUCACUACAGAGUGAUGUGGAGGCAGAAGCUGGUGGACAGUGAUUGGACUACAGUGACCGUGGCAAACAAUUCCAAGUUUGUUGUGUCUGGAACGCCCACAUUUGUUCCUUACGAGCUAAGAGUUCAGGCAGUGAAUGAACACGGAGCUGCACCUGAGCCGCCAACAGCCAUCGGCUUCUCGGGAGAGGACUUGCCGGUAGCAGCUCCAGAAAAUGUGCAGGCCGUGCUGCUGAACAGCACUCUGGCUAAGGUGCACUGGGAUCCCGUGCUCAAGUUAAUACGUGGACAUCUGAAAGGAUACAGGGUAUACUACUGGAGAGAUCGCAGCCUCCACAAGCACAACCCCCAUCACGCAGAGAAGCAGAUCUUGACCUUCAGCGGGAACCACACCCACGGCAUGCUGCCCGGCCUCCACCCCUUCAGCCUCUACUCAUUCAAUGUCAGGCUUUACAAUGGCAAGGGUGAGGGUCCACCCAGCCCCACCCAGCAGUUUGAGACUCCUGAAGGAGUGCCGGGGGCUCCUACCUCCCUGUUGGCCACAAACCCCAACCUGGACUCUCUCACCCUUGAAUGGAGUCCUCCUCAUGACCGUAACGGACACAUCACUGGCUACACCCUCAAAUAUCAGCCAGUCAAUGACUCCAAUGAGCUGGGCCCGUUGGAGGAGCUGGCCCUGCCCGCCAACGAGACAUCAGUCACUUUGUUCAACCUCAAGUACAGCACGCGCUACAAGUUUUAUUUGAAUGCGAAAACAGUCAGUGGAGCAGGCCCGGUCAUUUCUCAGGAAGCUGUCACCAUCAUGGAUGAAGCUCUGAUAUCACAGUAUGAAGUAGAUGUGGGCACAGGAAACACGCAAACCCCUCAUCCCAUUGCACCGUCUCCUCCACGCCGUCCACCCCACAAGGCUCAGCCUGCGAGUCCUUUUAAGAACAUUAGCUCCUCGUUCGGAGAGGACGGCACCCUGAUCAGUUGGGAGUACUGGGGCCCAGAGAAAAACGUUUAUGUAGAGUACAUAGUGAAAAACAGUGAAGGUGAAGAGGAGUGGCAGAAAGAGCUUGUGAACGGCUCUCAGAAUGUAAUGCUGAAGGGCUUAAAGGGGGGCCUCUCCUAUAGGGUGCGUUUGGUGGCCCAAGGUCACCACGACCAGCAGCUCCACCACUCUGAGGAGCUUGUGGUCUCGGUCCCAGCUGUGGCGAGCAGACAGGUGGACAUCGCCACUCAGGGAUGGUUCAUCGGCCUCAUGUGUGCCAUCGCUCUGCUCAUCCUGAUCCUCCUCAUUAUCUGCUUCAUCCAGAGGAAUAAGGGAGGGAAGUAUCCCGUCAAAGAGAAGGAAGACGCACACACAGACCCAGAGUUCCAGCCCAUGAAAGACGAUGACUGUACUUUUGGGGAAUACAGUGACAAUGAGGACCAUAAACCGUUAAAAGGGAGCCGCACGCCGUCUAAUGGGACAGUUAAGAGAGACGACAGUGACGACAGUUUAGUUGACUACGGGGAAGGAGGAGACGGACAGUUCAACGAGGAUGGCUCGUUUAUCGGCCAGUAUAGUGGGAAGAGUGCCACCAGGGAGACUGCUGAGGGCCACGAGAGCUCGGAGGCCCCGUCCCCUAUAAAUGCCAUGAACUCCUUAAACUCUUUUGUGUAGGCCGCUGUGAGGUGCUGCACUGACUGCUCAAUUCCUGCAUCUCUCUUAGAUGGGUGUCCCGACACCGCAUGGCUUUAUGAUCUCAGUCCCCAGAGCCACACAUGAAAUACUCACCACAGCAAAGACUUUUUUUUCCUUUUGAAAUCUUUAUGGAGACCUGUGGCUCGAUAUACCUUACGCAUUAUUUAGGAAUGAAGUAGCUCAACCAGACUUUUUGAUUUUAACAGUGCAUGAAACAUCUGAUAUGACCUAAAUCCAUAUUUAAAUUAACACCUUGAUAUUAACAAGUGUUGCGUUCUUACCAGGAAUCUCUUAUGGACUAUGCAGUGCUCGUCUGAAUUAUAUUUGUUUUUGUUACUAUAUUAUCUACUAUGUUCAAAUAGUAAUCAGUGUCGACUAUUACUCCAUGUGGUUUUUUUUUUCCAACACAAAAGCUUGUACAGGAACCUGUAUUUAAUCAUGUAAAUCCUCAAUAUAAUUCCAUCAUCGCACAAAGUAGAUCAUGUACAGUGUAAAUACAUAUAAAGUGAACUAUCUUAAUAUUUGGAGCAAUGCACACAGCAUGCUUACGAAACAUCCUCAUCUGUCACAUCACCACCUGUGAAGAAGGGGGGCUGAAACGCUGCAUGGCCUGUCACAUGACCUCAUGACCUUUGCCCUGCAUGUAACCUCCUCUUGUUGAGCUUGAUCUGAGGGCCAGUGGGAAACACUGAGAGGGGGUGACAGCCUGACUCAGUUCCUGCAGAGCUCCUUCAGGAGGUAGUGCCUUUUUUUUUUUCAAAACAACCAUUCAGUCCUGAAGUCUCUCUCAAGAGUUCAGUCGACGGAACAGAGACAGUGGUAGGACUGCAGAAGUCACAUCCAAGGAAGGAUAAGAUAAGCUAAAGAGGACGCUGUGGAGGGAGGAAUAAUCCAUACACUCUUGUCAUCUUGUCUUUAAAAAGACAUCCCAAUGCCUUGAGACACAGGGCUGGCUUCGAUUCCUCCAAGGAGCAAAGCGCACUCACAUUAAAUCAGACAAAAUCAUAAUUAAAACCAUACCAGGUGCAUUUUCAAAGUCUGCAGUCAUUAUGUACAGAACCUGAUUGUAUUUCUGCAGUGUAUGGAUGAAUGUAUGGAUAACUGAGUGUGUAGGUGUGUGUGUGAGAAUACAUUAUUCAAUUCCUAUUAGGCAACUAUUGUUCACUUGUACUAACUACACUUGAGGGCCUUUGGAACGGAUCAAGGUUUUUUUUCUCUAACUUGCAUCAAGUUUUUUUUUUUUUUAAGGUGUAGAAUAUUUGUUAAUUUUGUAAAUACAUCAAUUGAUUGUACAGGGACAAGGAGCUUAUAAGGCAGCCUAAGAGGCAAUAUUGUGCAUGAUAUGGUUUAACUUGUUGAUAGGAUUGUAUUAAAUAUAGAGUACUUGUAGAGAAUAUAUAUAUAUAUAUAUAUUCUUUUUUUUCUUUCUUGCUGUGCACUGUACAUUGUAUUGUAACUAACUGGACAGAAAAUUGCAUAUACAUUUGAAUUUUUGGAUUGUAUUCGGGUUUGCUUGUCUGCAAGUUAUAUGACUUUGGUAUUGUACAACAUGUAGGAUAUAGACAAUAUUAAUUGAUGCACAGAAUUAUAUUAUUCUGAUUUGUAUUGGUUCUACGCAGUCCCCUUGAAACUGCCAAAACGUUGCUCUUUUCUGACAGUAUUGCAAAUGGUUUUGUAUUUAAGAAACAGAUUUGUACUAACAGAUACUUUCUUUGUCUCUAUUUAAGUUUCUCCUUUUAGUGCAAGUAUGAAAUUCAAGCUACUGGAAAUAUAAAGAAUGAAUAAAAAAAAU